CUUUAGUAUUCACAGUUGCAUUCACUUUUCGCUCGAUAAACUCGCACCCAGCAGCGCUGACCAACUCCAUCCACAAUGUUCCUCGACUUCCGGUGACAUCUCUGUACUCUACCCUUCCUUCAAAUCACCGCCACAAUGUCCCGGGGCAGAAGAGGCGGCGGGAAGCGAGGCCCAGACUUGUCUUGGGACGAUGAAGAAUCUCUCGCAACUCCCACAGUGUCAAACAGACCUGAAGAGACGUUUCCUCCCAUCGAUCUCCCGGUUCCUCGCCCAAUAUCCUCAGACGAACACAUCGCGAUCAAACGCCAAAUAGCCUUCCGCAGCCGAGCGCGCAACGGACCAUACUACGCCAUUCUCGACCCCAGUAGUAUUGCGGACGAGAAAAGCGGCAAGGUCCUGAAGCGUGCAGGCUUCGACCCAUUCAACGACCAAGAAAAAUAUACCGCAAAAUACCACAAGAAGAAGCAGGCCGUCCCUGACCUCAGCACGCGAGAGUAUUCACUACACUUGUUCCCCCAUGAGUUGUGGCCACUCCUCGAUCCGCGGAAAAAGAAUCCUCUAUGGAAGACCACCGACAUCGAUUUCGACGCCGAGACGAACGCACCCCGCAAGAAGUUGAAGCGGAAGCGGGAUCUUGUCAUUGACGAUGGCGAGGACGACGACGAGGCCAAGGGCAACGACGACGGAAACGAUACAGACGACUCGGAUCCUCUGAUGUCCGGGACACGGCGGUCCAGGAAUAGCACCAAGGCCGCGAAACGGCGGCGCGAAGAUCCCACCACCAAGAAAGCGCACGAGAAGCGCGGCUUGGACGCCGAGGACGAAUUCUCCGACGCGGAAGUCACUCCUCGUUCGCCGGGCCGGAAAUCAGGCAAGAACAGAGGCGGUUCCGACGACGAGGACGAUGAUGACGACGAUGACGAGCACAACGAGGACAACUCGGACGGCAGCGGUGAUGAAGACGACGACGACUCGGGUGACGAUGAACCGGUCGACUCAGAGUUCGAAGAGUCGGACGACGGGGACUACGACGAUUAUAAUGCCGAACAGUAUUUCGACGGAGGCGAGGGAGAUGACGAUGACUACGGUGGCGGAGGUGACGAAGAUGGCGGCACUUUCUGAUAGCCGUCUAGAACUAAUGAAAAGAAACUUCGGCUGGACGUCACUGCAUACGCUCGUGGUCGUCAAGUCGAAUGCUGCAGACUUCCCGGCAAAGGAUGGUCGGGGUCUCUGGUGAGAGCGGACCGCAUUUUAUGGAAAUGGAAGCUGGCGACAUGCCAUUCAAGCCUUGAUGUACAGCUACACUAUCACAGAGGCUCCUUUGGUUAUUCGACACGAGCAAAAGAUACCCCGGGCAUAGAAGUCCCUGAGCACUGUAUCCCACAAAUGAUUUCAU